AACGUCAUAACAAAAUUAUUAAUUUCCUUUUUAUCAUCACCAAUCUUAACUUACUAUUGACCUAAUUAUCAAUCAAUAAUACAUAAACCGUACAAUUUAGUGCUAAAUAAUUCGUCGUUUCAAAGUUAAUAGAAAUUCAAUUUUGCUUUUGAAUUAUCGGUAAAAACACAACAAUGCCCUUCGAUAUUAACAACAAAGUGGCCCUAAUUUCUGGAGCUGCAUCAGGUAUAGGUUUAACAAUUGCAAAAGAAUUGUUACGAAAUGGAUUAAGGGGCGUUACAAUAGCUGACGUAAACAAAGAACUGGGAGAAAAAGCUCUACAGGAAAUAGAAAAUGAAUUCGGGUCGGGUAGAGCCAUUUUUGUGCUCACCGAUGUAUCAAGCAUGAAGAGUUUUGAAGAUGCAUUUCAGAAAACUAUAAACACGUUCAAGAAUAUUGACAUUUUAGUCAACGGUGCAGGCGUUUUAAACGAUUCGAUUUGGCAACAAGAGAUAGCAAUAAACGUCAACGGAACAGUUCAUGGUAUUCUCCUGGCUUUGGAAAACUACAUUCCAAAAUACAAAACUGAUUCUGAAGGUGUUAUCGUAAACUUUUCAUCAAUCGCCGGUGUUGCGGCUUUUCCAGCAUUUCCAAUUUACACUGGAACGAAAUUCGCAAUUUUCGGCAUGACUAAAGCAUUUGGAGAUGAGGCACAUUAUGAAAGGACCAAAGUCAGGAUAAUGGCUAUUUGUCCAGGACCUACAGAUACGCCCCUUCUUAGGGAUAUUUCAGGUCGCAAUUUAGGGGCACCUUACGAAAAGUUACUACAAGAAUUACUUAAGGACACGCGUGGUCAAAAGCCAGAAGCAGUCGCUAGAGGUUUGGUUCAAAUUGUGAGAAAUGCUCCGUCUGGUGGUGCAUGGGUGAUUGAAGAUGAUAAGGAACCAUAUGAGUUUUUGUUGCCUGAGAGGGAAAAUUUUGCUCCGAAAUAAAAUAAGUAGUUUAUCUCAAAAUACAAACAUUUUGGGUUCGACAAAAUAUUCAGGGUUAUGUCUUAUGUGUAUCGUUCAAAAUAUAUUUUUAAGUAAU